CUUUGGGGACACUAGUCUUCGUAUAAUGGAAGGUUGACGCUCUGCUUUCAACAUUUUCGCUCGGAUUAAGCAUCGACUUCGCAAUGGAGAAGGACAGAGAAAAAGAUACGAGAAAACACAACAUGCAAUCUCCUGUAACCUACAAUGUCAGCGAACAUUGUGAUGAUAAAGAAGAAACAGCCCAAGCACAGUCUCCAUCCUCUCCAGAAUGUGCAGUAUGCCUGCAGCCAAGUCUACAUCCAGUGCAGCUACCAUGUCGUCAUGUUUUCUGCUUCUUGUGCGUCAAGGGUGUUGCAAGCCGCAAUCGCAGGUGUGCUUUGUGCCGGCAGGAAAUUCCUCCCGAUUUCUUUCUUCGUCCCAAUCUUCUGCAGACUGAUGAUUCCAACCUGACAGUAGUGUUUGAUGAAGGCUACCAGUGGUAUUAUGAGGGUGUCAAUGGUUGGUGGCAGUAUGAUGCACGCACAAGUCUUGAUAUAGAAUCUCACCACAAGAAAGGAGACAGUAGCUGUGAACUGCUCAUAGCUGGGUUUCUCUAUGUAAUAGAUUUUGUAAAUAUGAUUCAAAUACGUCAUAAUGAUCGCACCAAAAAACGUAGAAUCAAGAGAGAUCUUGUUAAUAUUCCUGGAAAGAAAGGCAUUGCUGGCUUGAAAAUAGGUGUUACAGGCACAGAUAAUGGUCAGAAUAAUUUAGAAUAUGAUCGACCAAGUGCAGAUGGACAUGAGACUAGCUCCUCUUCUUCAGCAGCAACUCGAGUUCCUAUUCCAAUCAGUCAAGUUGAUAGAUCUGGUGAUCAGUCGCUGUCACCUCCGACUCCAUACAACACACCACAAACCCCUCAGACUCCAUCAGAAAGCCCUCCAACAGGAGCAACAACAGAAAGAGACCUUUCCAUUCAUCUUGAGAGGUUGCGUCUUGGAGGAGAUAGCCGUCCUUUAUCUGAGAGUUCUCUGGAGGGUUCCAGUGGGGAUGAUGCAGAUGGUUCUGCUGCCACAAAUUCAGAGAUCAUCGAAGAUUUAUCAAGUGUCAGGGACAACGAUAGUCGCCUACAGGAGCUUGAGUCUGCCAUAUAUAAUCAGAUAGAUGAGUUGGAAGAAAGUCAGAGAGAAAAUUCACCUGUUUAUGUUUGAUGCAGUCUUGCACAGAAGCUGGUAAUAAAUUGCUCUUUGGCUAUGUUUUACAAAAUGUAGGUGUUACUCUGUAUAUUAUGCUGGUAGUGUCCAUAAAACAAUGCUAGUUUUGUGAAACAACUCAUUCAGGAUGUUAGGUUGUCUAGCAUGAUCGCUUAUGUUGAUGAUCAUUGUCAAAGGUAACCCACUUAACAGAUUAAAAGUUUUUUUAUUUUGCAGAAUUAUUAUAUAGUAGUCUGUGAUGAUAGCUUUUCCUCAAAUGGAAAGUUAUAUAAUUAUAAAGCUGCAUCUUUCUCUCUGCAUUUUCUGCCUCCUUUUGUAAUUAUCUUGUGCAUGGUAGCUCCUGUCUGAACAGCAAGAGUAGACGCUAUGGCCAUUGGAUCCUGGGUAUUUUAAUGCUGUCUAGCCAGUGCUGCGUGAUCCACUGUUUAUUUAGACAAGUAACAUUGAUGUGUGGUUCAUGAACGGAGGAGGAUAAGGUCUAUAAUAGCAUUUCUGCAGAAUCCUGAUGAUCAUUCAACAAGACAGCAUUAAUGUUUCUUUGCUGUGCUAUUCUGCUUGUAUGGACCUCAAAUUAGAUAUCUAGAUACAAUGUGCUAAGGUGACGGAUGUAUUAGUAUAAAAUCAAGACUAUCAGCUUUUUUAUUUAAUGUAGAACCAACACCAUAAAUAACUCUGUUAGCAUUUCCUUCAUCUAAUUUAAUGAGCAGUUGAGAUGGAUGUACAUCAAUACACAUAAUUCUUGUGUACAGCUUGUGCAAUCUUUAUAUACUAGAUUGUAAAGUUGCGUGAAUGAUCAUAGAUUAACUGUGAAGAAUGAUCGCCUGGAUGCAUUUUUUCAUUUAUCUUUUCAGAAAGUUACACAUAAAAGUUUCAUCACUAGUAUUUAUGUGCCAGGUGCGGAUCAUAACCCAUCUGCCUUAAAUGCAUUAAAUACUCCACAGUUUAUCACUAGCUGUUGUAUUUUAUUAAAGAUGUUCUAGAAUAUUUAAGAUUCUUUUACAUAAUUUGCUCUGGUAUAAUGACAGGUCCAUAGAUCCAGUAGGAUUCCGAGGAAAAUCUUCAGGAUGGAAUUUGAGAUAAAAGCACCAGAUACUUUGGUAAUAUAGUUUUCAAAAAGAGUAAAAUUAAUAUUAUAAAAUUAUCUUGUUUCAGCUUAGUUGUUUCUUAAAUGCUUGUUAAACACACAAAAUAGUACAACUACAUGAAAUCAUUAGCUUGUUAUAGAAACCCUCUGAGCUAUUAUGCUUUUUUAAGUGUGCAAAAUAUAUUUAAAAUUCAAAUUUAACAAACUUUCCUAUAUUUAUUCUUUGUUUGUUUGCACACUUUCACAAUUUUUUUGUGCAGUGUGAUGCAAUCAUCGCAGUGCUGUGAUUGCCUUAUUUACAAGCUAUUAAUAAUAAACUUGGAAAAUAUAUUCCUCUUCUUAGU